UUGCAUACCCUGUGCCAGGCCUACGAUUUUGAUUGUACUUAUGAAGCUAGAGGAAUGAUAUAAUCUUUGUGUGCAAUCAUUCAAUUCAGCAGAGGUUAUUAAUCCGCUGAUAUUUAUUUAAGGCCUGAGACUGUUGAGGCAGGCGAAGCGAUUUCCAGCGGCAACUUGGUGCACGUUAUGUUGAAAAGCUAGAACUCGGUAAGAAGCAUGUAUAAGAAAUCGUGGAAGAACAUGAGCGUAGUAGAGAAGCAGGGCCAUGUUGGUACAAGUGCCCCUGUUGGGGCAACAUCGGCGGCCGCCGUCGUUAACGAUAUGGCUGCAACUGCGUUUGGGCCUGCCUCAAUAUCGGAACUUGACAUCCUAGUGGAUCCUGAAGACUGUGAUAAUGGAGUGAAAGAUGUUCUGAAACAUAUCAGACCAGACUGGGAAAGGAAUGACAUCAAAAUUAAGACGUUAAGUGGUGGCCAUGUGAACAUGAUGUUCACUGCCUACAUCGACGAAGAAAAGUGAGCUGACUGGUUGGUUGUGCGUGUGUUCAGCGGAAAGCUCGACUCCUUCGACAAGUUUGGGAUGGAGCGGAAAUUUGAGCUGAAGAAUGGUCGUCUCUUCGCCAAGAUUGGCGUAGGACCGCCGGUGAUGGGUGUGUUCAGGACGGAAUGGUGUACGGGUUCGUCGUUGGGAAGACUUUUUCAUGGGGUGACCAGUCACUUUUCAAAGAUGUUAAGUUAAGGAGGUUCAACAGCCAAGUUCCGAGUUUCGAAGAUCGCAAGCAGGAGAUAAGCAUGAUCAUUGAUAAGAUGAGAACGGCCAGUAUACCAUGGACAUUUUGUCAUAUUGAUUGCAACCCAACUAAUAUAAUUUAUUUAGAGGAGGAAGACCAAGUUAUUUUUGUCGACCUCGAGGCUUGUGGCCUGUGUAACCCGAUCCUAGACAUCGCAAACUUUUUAGAUGGAGCCGCUUCGGGCUUUGAUGGUGACCCAACCGCACGCGGGUUUACAAGGGAAGAAAAUAAGGACUUCAUGAGGGUUUACUUGGCCGAGCGGAACCGCCUCGAUAAGGGCUCAGAGAAGGUGGAUGAAACGGAGUUGGAAAAAUAUUUAGAUAUAACAGAGAUGUACCAGAUUGGUACCUGCUUUAUGGUGCACAUGAUGAUGACCACACUGGCGAUGGCUGGGAUGCCAAAAGAAUACCUAGAGGCUGGAGUAGGUCGGCUUCAGCACUACAGGAAAAAUAAAGACAGGAUGCUCUCCUUAUACUCCUAAGUAGGACGGUCGUCUUCUCAUUUCAACCCCUGUGCAACCCAGAACGAAAACAAGAAACAUUCAACAUAAACACACAUGGACCCUGACAUUUGAACGCUAAAACCCAGUCAUUUGUUUCUCUAAGGAUCACUUUGUUCGUUGCACAUGUGUGUAUAACUUAAUAAGGACAUCAAUGUGAUAUGUGAACAGUAUUCAUGACUCGGACAAGUCGGAAGUUUUCAUAUAUUGCUGUUUUAUUUGAAACCUGGAAAAAGUAAAGCUACAUUUUGGCACCAAACACAUAUACAAAUGUUAGACCUGACGAACAACGACACUUCUGGCAGUUAAUGAAAUCCAAUGGUAGAGGCUAAUUCCCUAAAGCGCCAGGGACUUUCAUUAAUAUUCAUGAAUUAAUCAUAGAUCAUGUGAUUCUACGUCACCGGGGGGAAUUUCAACAUGGCUGACACUACCAAUUCGACAGCUCCUAAGGACAGCGACAAAGGCGUUAGAGCGUGUGACAGAUGUGAUUCUCUGUAUCGUCAAUAUUGUGCAAAUAUUCCAAUCCAAGCAAUGAUUAAUGGAUUCUUCUGGAUCUGUCUAUCUGUUGAAUCCUACAUGCAUAUGCAAGUAUCAACGUGUAUCUUUACACUCUCCGUGAUUAGUUGGUGACUCUGACAAUCUUUCCAAUACUUGUGGUGAUAGUAUUUCGAAAUCUUGUGUAUUGGUUACUUUGUACAUGUUGCAGGGUUUUCAGGACGUCGCUGCUCUGACGAACUGUUUUGGCAUUUUAGUGAUGAGGUGUGGAUUUCGGACCCUUAAUAAGAGGGGGGGGGGGGGGGAGUUCUAGUUGAUACUUGCACUUGAGGCAGUUUGCUGAAGUCCAAUUCUGCACUGUAAGGUCUAGGUCUGCUUUUCGGAGGGGUUUGCAUGGUUUUUAAAAGUCAUGAAAACUUUGUGCACCUUAUUUGCUGGUUAUCAGAUUUAUAUUAUAUAUUUAUAUUUGCAUCUCAGAAUACUGC